AUCAAGAGGAGCUGAAAUAUGAGAAAGUGAAACUAGUUCUUCAGUGAAUGCUUUUUACUCAGAAUAGGGACAAGCACAGAAAGUCCUCUCUCAGGUUAGAAGUCAAACAUGGCUGAAUAUCCACAUCCGCUGUAUUUUGAGGCCAGACAUUUAACAGUCAGAGAGAAGGAAAAGGUCAGGAGACACUUUCAGAAAAGAAGAGACUCCGGGGGAGGCGACUGUGGUGUGAUUGAAAAGGUGGAAGACAACAUCUAUAAAAUCUGCUUCAAGGAAGAAGAAGACCAGGAAAGGGUUUUAAAAAGGAAAACUCAUAUGAUUAGUCUUCCUGGGGAAGAUCUACACCUGACCGUAAUUCACAGCAGUUCACCACAGACUCAGGACCAGCCAUCGACAAGCCAAUCACAAACGACUACUAAAGUCAGCACAAAAGGACUUGAGAAGAUUUUCAGGACAGACAUCUUUCUCUUGUUCUACAUGAGAGACAACCCUAAAGCUAACAAAAUACUGCAGAAGCAGUUGUCUGCAAUCGGCUGCACAAUACAGCUAGACUUGGAGGAAGAAGAGGCAGUGGUGAGGGGGAACAUAGAGAAAGGUCCCGGAGGAGCUUUUGAUGGCGGAGCAGAAAACUGGGAGCUACAAGUGGAUCGGACCUUCAAGAGAAUCAUCGAGACCUACACCUGCCAUCAUGUCGUUGAGCCCAAACAAAUCAAGAAGGUUCUACAGGAUCCCUUCUUUGCGUCUGAUGAUGUGAAAGUGUACCCAGAGAGUGGCUAUGCUGUGGUUGUGGGGGAAUCAGAUGUAGUGAAGGAGAAGAUUGCGGUUCUGGAGAAAAGCAUACCAAUUCGCAUAGAGGAGCCGGUUGUGGAGAAGAGGUUCAAACUGAUUGAGGAGGAAUUCAACCGAGAGAUGAGAGCAAAUUGUUCAGAGGUUAAAAUCAGCAGAGCCGCUAACAUCAUAAUCUUAGAAGGUCCUGAAGAUAAGGUGCAGUCUGGUGCAGCCAAACUUAAUGAACUGAUUAAGACGAUAAAAGAGAAGAGGGUCAGUCUUUCCAAUGAUUUAUUAGACUUCAUGGCAACUAGCAGCGUCAUCUCCAAGUACCAAACACUGUUUCAGCAAAGUCUCAGGAGUCCAGUGUCCCUGGAGGUGGGAUCAGGACUGGUUCUGUCCAGUUUGUCUUCAGAUGCUCUGAGGGAAGCUGAGACGGCGGUGCUGAGAGAUCUCAAUGAGUCCAGUGUGACUCUUCAGGGUGCUGCAGCUGCGGCUCCAGAUCUAAACAGACUCAAGGAAAGUCUAGACAAAGCCAAGAAUGAGGAAAACCGUGGCGAGCUCAGAGUGAACAAUAGCUUACUUCCUGGUUCCAGUGGUACUCUGUCAACCAAAGUAAAGCUGGUGGGCUACACUGAACACGUGAACAAGCUUAAAGAGCUUCUUUAUGAUUACCAGGCAAAUCAGGUUUCAACUCCAGAGGUUAUCAGUCUGCAGUGUCCUGAACUUGUCGACUGCUUUGAUAAAAUCUUAGAAAUAAUUGGCAUGAAGCAGACCGAGGGUGUGUACCUGAAAAAGGACCAUUUUGGAAACUUGAUAGUAAGCAGUAUGAAAGACGGGGUCAACAGGACAAUUGUGAAGGUCAAUUCAAAAUUGCAUGGCACCCUCACCAGAGAGAUGAGAGGGAGGGAGGAGGACGAUUUGUUUGCACGUGUGAUGUGGUGCAUCCUGAGGAGAAACGGAAACUGGGAAAGAGUCCCCAAAACGGCCAAUUACAACCUGGAAAUGAGGGAUGUUGCAGGAGGAAUUAUGGAUGCACACGGAGUCCUGUGGCAAGUGGAUCUUCGAAACCUAGCAGUCAUAUCUGCAGGACACAAAACAAAUCUCAAACGACUUGAGAACCUGGAAGACUUUAUUUUUCCUUUGGAAUGGGACAGCAUGGCGUACGGCGAGGACAUGAAGAGGGUACAGCUGCAGCCUUGUACACCAGAGUACAGGAGAGUGAAGCAGGGAUUCAAACGAACUGCUAACUACACGAUAAUCAAGAUUGAGCGCGUCCAGAACAUUCAUCUACGCCGUGCUUACGAGGCACAGAAGAAAAAAAUAUUUGAAAAGAACAAACAGGAUGGAGGAGCAAAUGAAAAGUUUCUAUACCAUGGGACAACAGAGGUCAACUGUGACUCCAUCAUGAAAACUGGCUUCAACAGGCGCUUCUGUGGGCUAAACGCAACAUUAUACGGUGAGGGAACCUACUUUGCUGUAGACGCCAGCUACUCCACAAACCCCACCUACUCCAAACCUGCUGCUGAUGGUUCUCAGCUGAUGUUUGUGGCCAGAGUCUUGACGGGCGUCUACACUCUGGGCCAAAGCGGCAUGAAGGUUCCUCCACCUCUCGACGACCAGGAGCCUCACAUACGAUACGACAGCGUGGUGGAUAAAAUGGACAGACCCAACAUGUUUGUCGUGUUCCACGAUGACCAAGCUUAUCCGGAUUACCUCAUUACCUUCAAGCAAUGACCCUGAAAACGUCUCAUGGUCCUGCCAAAGUUGGAGUGAAGUAAUGGUUUCUGGGUAACAUUAGGUUAAAAACAUAAGGAAUACAGAGUUUUAUUGAAUUGUGCUAAAACCUCAAAUGUGUUGAUACUUUAGCUAAACUUUUUUUUAACCUUUGAAAGCUGUCUUUAUUAUUAUUUUAUCAGAUUUUCUGAAGGUCCUAUGAUGAUUUCCUUUUAACUCCUUUGGCUCUUAAAAUUAGAGGCGGAACCAGUUCACACACAUAUCAACAAAUAACAAAAGUGUUAAAAGUUUUAUUAUGCUUACCUAUCUGGUAUGUGUGAUGCAGCUUGAGUAUGACUUGUGUGUGAAUAUGUUUCUUCUACACAGUGAAUGUAGGGAUAUUACAAAGUUGCACAAGUUAUGUCAUAACCACAUGAAAUGUUAGAUGCUGUGUUUGCACAUUAAUAAAUAUAAUCAU